UUCCUUUCUUGAGAACAGAGCACAGGCAUACAGCAACACCACAUAUUCACAAUCACCAAGAGCUGCAGUGAACAGGUACAGAACCUCCACAGACUGAAUGCUGAUCAGUAUAAUUAGAAAGAGAUGACACGUAAUAUUUAUGCAAACUGUAGCGCAAAGUAUGAAGACGUCUAUGAAAAUGACCUUCCGAGGACUCGAGUGACCAGAAGCAAUGAGGGAAAUAAGAGAUCAGGAGUUUACAGACUGGCUGCAAUGUGUGUGCUACUGCUGUUUGUUCUCCUGCUGACUGCCGUCAUAGUGCUGUGGGUCAAAUUAGUUACAGAACGCAACCUAAACAAAAAGUUAAAGCAGGAGAGAGAUCAACUUCAGGACCUAAGUGAGCAGUUAAAACAUGAGAAACAUGAAAUUCAGAACAUGUCGAAUGCUUUAGAUAUGCAGGACAAGCUGAAGUGGAAACGCUUUGGCUCCAGUCUUUACUACUUCACUGAUUUAAAGAACUGGACUGAGAGCAGACAGGACUGCAUAGAGAGAGGCGCAGACCUGGUGGUCAUUAACAGCAAAGAGAAACAGGAUUUCAUCGUAAAUGAGCUGCAAGGAAGUCGGAAAUGGAUUGGUUUGAGUGAUAGAGAAGAAGAGGGAACAUGGAAAUGGGUGGACGGCACACUACUGACCAACGGGCACUGGGGUUAUUCUCAGCCAGAUAAUAAAGAAAAUGAGGACUGUGCUGAGAUCGGGUUACCGGAAAGGCAUAACUGGAAUGACAGACCCUGCUUUGAAAAGCAAGGCUGGAUCUGUGAGAAGAGAGGUGAUUUGUGAGAAAUAAUAACGUUCACAAAUAAAUCAAGCUAAAGGCUUUCACUUCAAAUCAGUGAUGCAUCUUCCAUCACAUCUAUUUUGUGCAUUACUCUGCCUCCCUAUUACACUGCCCCUAGUGGCUGAAUUUCUCCAUCUCUUAGUUAGUGCAUUGUUUGUAUUUUUGCCACUUACAUAAUCAGCUGUACCACUUGAUCAGUAAGCUGUGAUGAUGUAACUUGUGCUUGAAGUGUGGUGCUUGUUUAGUUGUUUGUUUAAAUUCAUGUUUAUUACUUUUUUGUACAAUUGGCAAUAAAUUCUUGAUUAAAAUUAAUUCUAUGAGUUAAAAAAAA